AUGGCGACCCAAGUUCUCACCAAGUCCACCAAAGCUGAGCUGUUCCCAAAUGGCGGCUGGGAUACCCACCACCAUAUCUUCGAGCCGUCCACCUUUUCCUAUAGCCCAACCCGUCAUUUGACGCCCCCAGCCGCAACAGUCCAGUCCUUCAAGACCUUCCGACAGAAACUUGGCAUCACCAAUUCCGUGCUUACCCAUGGGCUAUCGUACGGUGAUGACUGUACUUCGCUCAAGACUUUCGUCACCCAGCUGGGAAAGUCUAGUACAUCAGGCGUUGGUGUCAUUGACCCAGAGAAUACUACUGAUGACGAAAUACGAGAUAUGCAGGUCGCAGGAAUUUGUGGUCUUCGUGUGAAUCUCUAUCACUAUAACGCGAUGGAAGACGUAGAACUCCAGAAAAAGACUCUCCGUGCGUACCUUGGACGGGUAACACGUUUGUCACUUUCUUGGAGUCUCACAAUGACAACAAUCCGAACCGACUUCUGGGACACUCUGGCGACGUUUGUGCGAGAGGAAGUUGCUCCAACAGGUCGGCCCCUCAUCACAGAUCAUUUCGGACUACUCAAGGCGCCGAGUAUGCUUCCAGCUCAGUACCGACAAGACCCAACUCAACAGCCAGGAUUCGCACCCAUUCUACGACUCGUCAAAGACGGUCUUCUCUAUGUGAAACUCAGCGCUCCAUACCGCGUCAGCGAGCAGAGUCCACACUACAGCGAUCUGAAGUUCCUUGUACGAGCUCUUGUUGAGGCGAAUCCACGACAGGUCAUUUGGGGUAGUGACUGGCCGCAUACCCCGAGGAUGAAGGUGCGAAGUCAUGAAGAAGCUAUGAAAGAGACACCAUUCUUGGAGGUAGAUGAUGAAGCGUGGCUAUGGAGUUUGCGGGAGUGGUUGUCGGACCAAGAAUGGCACAUGUUGAUGGUCGAUAACCCAAAGAGAUUGUUUGGCUAG